AUGAUUAGAUUUCUAGAUGUAUGUAAUCCAAUGGUCGAAACUUUAGAUGACCUUCAGUUAUUUCAAGACACGGAAACAUCAUCAAAAGCACUUAAUCUGUAUCGGUGCAUUACAUCUAGUAAUUUUUUUGUAAGUUUAGUGACAGCAAACACACUAUUUUCUAUAACAUUACUUUUAUGUAAAGUAUUACAAUCAGUAACAUGUGAUUUAAGUGAAGCAGUGACGUAUGUUGAAACGGUAGUAAGUGAAGUCGAAGAUAUGCAAACCAUUAUAGGUCAAGGGUUUAAGGAAAUAUUUCAAAAAGUAGAAAAUUUGUUAAAGUUGAUAGAUGAAGAUCACAUAAAAAUGCCAAGACUAGUUGGACGUCAAAAAAAUAGAAUUAACGUUACUACUAACUGUCCGGAAGAAUUUCUUCUUUUCACGACGAUUUUAUACAAUUGA